CCUACGACGGUCGACGGCCUAAGCUUCACCGCCACACAAGCACAAGCCGUCUUCUCCGGCGGGUGCAAUUGCUUGUUCACUUCCUCCGAUGUCAACUCCAAGGCUGCUGCUUCGGAAAACAAAACUACUUUUCAGAGCAACGCCAAUUUCAGCUUCUAUUCCGGUUCUGGGGCAGCUUCACUGCUCAAAUGAAUCCCCAAUUACACUUGCGAGUUCGGCGGACGCCUUCUUGGUUGAGAAGAUUAUGUGGACUCUCAAACAAGGUACGCAUUCUCGGACUUCUCUGUUUCUCCGGCUAAAUGCAUCGGUUUAUCUCCAAGUUGUUACCAAAUGUCGCGAUGAUUUGCGUUCAGCUUCGAAAUUUAUCGACUCGGUCGCCUUAAACCACCCCAAUUUCAAGCAUUCGUCCACCUCCCUCAGCGCCGCCAUUCAUAUACUCGUUAGAUGUAAGAGAGUAUCCGAAGCGCAGGCUUUGAUACUGAGAAUGGUUCGAAAGAGCGGUGUUUCCAGGGCCGAGAUUGUGGAAGCUAUGGUUUACACUUAUAAUAUUUGUGGAUCGAACUUAUAUGCUUUUGAUUUGUUGGUCAGGACUUAUGUGCAGGCUAGGAAGUUGAGGGAAGCUGUAGAAGCUUUUCGAUUGUUGCUGAGCAGGAGAUUUUGUGUUACUAUAAAUGCUUGUAAUAGUCUCCUUGGAGGCCUGGUGAGGAUUGAGUGGGUUGAUUUGGCAUGGGAAGUGUACAGGGAAGUGAUCAGGAGUGGUGUUCCAAUGAAUGUGUAUACUCUGAAUAUAAUGGUGAAUGCUUUUUGUAAAGUUGGCAAAAUCGAGGAUGCAAAGUUGUUUAUUGAUGAAAGGGAGGAGAAAGGGAUUUUUGGGGAUAUUGUGACUUACAACACUCUGAUUAGUGCUUAUUGUCGUGAGGGACAUCUAGAAGAGGUUUUUGAACUAAUGAAUGUAAUGUCCCUCAAGGGAUUGAAACCAUGUUUGUUGACCUAUAAUUCCAUUGUUAAUGGAUUGUGUAAGAACGGACAGUAUCAGAAGGCAAGGGAUGUUUUAAACGAGAUGGUGCAUAGUGGAUUCGCCCCCGAUACUACUAGUUAUAACACAUUGCUUGCUGAGUGUUGUAGAAAAGAUAAUGCGCCAGAAGCUGAGUCGAUUUUUGAAGAAAUGGCUCGUUUAGGUGCCCUUCCAGAUUUGGUUAGUUAUAGUUCACUAAUUGGGUUGUUUUCAAGAAUUGGACGUUUUGACAAGUCAUUAGCAUAUUAUGAGGAUAUGAAACUGAAGGGGCUUGUACCAGAUAAUGUGAUUUAUACUCUUCUUAUUGGUGGCUUUUGUAGAAAUCGUUCUGUAUCAGAAGCUAUGAAGAUGCGUGAUGAAAUGUCAGCUCAAGGCUUGCCCAUGGAUGUAGUUACUUACAACACUAUUUUGAGUGGUUUAUGCAAAGAAAAGAUGCUUUCUGAAGCAGCUCUAAUUUUCAAUGAGAUGGUUGAAAGAGAUGUAUUUCCUGAUUUUUGCACUUUCACAACGCUUAUAAAUGGAUAUUGUAAGGAUGGUAAUAUGGAGAAGGCACUUUCGCUGUUUGAUACUAUGAUCCAACGAAAUCUCAAGCCAGAUGUUGUAACAUACAAUACCUUGAUUAACGGGUUUUGCAAGGCUGGUGAUAUGGAAAGUGCUUUUCAACUAAGAGAUCAUAUGAUUUCUAAAAAUAUAUAUCCUAAUUGUAUUACAUAUAGUACUUUAAUAAAUGGCUACUGCAACAAGGGUUAUAUUUUUGAUGCAUUGAGAUUGUUUGAUGAGAUGAUUGGUAAAGGUAUUAAGCCUACUGUUGUCACAUGCAACUCACUCGUUAAAGGAUAUUGCAGAUAUGGUGAUGCAGAAAAGGCGGUGGAGUUUCUUAACAAGAUGCACUCCCGAGGUCUGCAUCCAGAUUCAGUUACAUACAAUACUCUAGUACAUGGUUUAAUUAUAGAGGAGAGCUUGGACAAAGCUCUAAGCUUGGUUAAUGAAAUGGAAAAUCAUGGGCUAUUACCUGAUGUUGUAACCUACAAUGCCAUUCUCAGUGGGUUUUGUAAGUUGGGUAGGAUGCAGGAAGCCAAUUUGAUAUAUAGGAAGAUGAUGAAGAAGGGCAUAAAUCCCGACAGAUCCACAUAUACAUCAUUAAUAAAUGGACAUGUCUCACAAGAGAACUUGAAGGAGGCUUUCCAAUUUCAUGAUGAAAUGCUCCAAAGGGGCUUUGUGCCAGAUGAUAAGUUUUAACCCGGUCACUAUCUAGUUUGAAGAACCUUGUGGGAUUAUCUGUGCCCUUCCAUUUUGAUGAGUUCGCUUCCAUUCUGCUGACAUUCCAGAGGCUGCAGCCAUUUUUAUCUAUACAUGACUUCUCAGACGGGCUACAGGUUGCUUAAUAACAGAAGCAGGAUGGGAUCACGUGGCUGGUUGACGCUUGACAAUACUGUAUCAUUUUAGUGAUACAUGUUCUUUCAUCUACAAUUCUGGACUCAAGAUAAAUAUCCUUCUGCAUAUAGUGCCCUCUUAUGUCUGCCCUAGUGUGAAUAGACAUAUUCUUAUGCCUACGGUUCUCUUAUAUGCUGGUCCUUGGUUCAUUUGUCGCUAAAUAUUCUCCCCAUCCACUGUGACGUUGAUUCAACUACAUUUGCUUCAGAAUAGAGAAUGCAACCUCAAUGGAGAGUGCAGAUUGAACUAGGUUUCAGUCGUCAGGAUUUUCAGAGCAAUGGACAUCUUCAGAUAUUUGGUGAUGAAUGAUUCAAGCUUUGGUUGUCCAUACAUAGAUAUCAUAGGUUUCCUCACUCAGGGUAUAUAGGACCGUACACAUUGAGAUUAAUCUUUUUCUUACUAGGUAGGACCUCAAAGGAUGGUAAAAUACUCUCUCAUAGGUUUUAAGGUAAUUGCAUUCUCCUACUAAAACUCGAGACUUAUGGAAUUUACUUAUUAAUCAAAUAUAAACGGAACAUAUAUAUUUGUUUCUCUCUUUCUCUAAAUUAAAAUUAUGAUAUCAUCCUUUUGUGAGGUGGGACACAAACAUUGAACAGAAAAGCUAAGGGGGAAAAAGGACAAGAUGAAGCAAGCUGUGAAGUUAGGGCUGUUUUUCCUUUUCUGGUAUCUUAUUGCUAGUUGAUAUUUUGUUUUAUUCUCAAAAUGUUGGAUUUGUUUUUUCCAUGUUGUUGCUAGCAAGCUAAGUUAGGCAUACUUAUCUUUCCCCAAUAUAUUUAAACUAAAUCGUCAUUGCUUUGAUCAUUCAAAAACCCUACGAUUUUUAGGUGAAA